AUGGAGCCUCGAUGGGGAGUCUUCGCGGAGGGGUGUCGUCGGCCUGGCGAUGAAGAUGAUAGGCACAAAUGUGGUCGCUGCCAGUCCGAGUUCACCUCUUUGGAAGAAUUUGUGCAACACAAGUUGCAGAAGCUUUGCCAGAGACCUCAGGAUGCAACUGCAGCAGCAACCCCGGUGAUUUCAUCUGUUGAAGCGCCGAUAACUGUAGCUCAUAUAGUUGUUGAAGCUGCUCCGAUAACAGAAGAAAUCAGCAAUGCCCCUGCAAUUGUAGGUAGUGGGCAUAUCAAGGAGGUUGUUGUAGCUGCAGAUCAUGUCUUUGAAAGCCCCAAUGGCCCCAGUGAUGAAGAUGGCGGAAUCACUCAGAGUAAUCCAGGAGGCCCAGGAGAAGGUGCCUCUCUGGAACUUAUCAAAGUUAAACUGCUGGUUAAUAAGGAAGGUCGUUAUGUCUGCGAACUGUGCCACAAGACGUUUAAGACGGCCAGCAUUCUCAAGGCUCACAUGAUCACUCACAGCAGCAGGAAGGACUAUGAGUGUAAAUUAUGUGGGACAUCUUUCAGGACCAAGGGCUCGCUAAUCCGACACCAUCGCCGUCACACAGAUGAGCGUCCUUACAAGUGCAAGAAAUGUGGGAAAAGCUUCCGGGAAUCAGGAGCCUUGACUCGUCAUUUGAAAUCCUUGACUCCUUGCACUGAGAAAAUCCGUUUCAAUAUGAAUAAGGAAAUAGUUGUUGGCAAAGAGGACGCAGCCCCAGGGGCCAACAGCUCCAGCAGUGAAGCCAUUCCCUCGCUGGCAGCUCAGUCUGUGGAGGCCUCCCCCGUAAUCCAUCUAGUGACAGAUGCAAAAGGGAAUGUUCUCCAUGAAGUCCAUGUCCAGAUGCAGGAGCUCCCGGUCUCUGAAACAAAAUCAUUAGGACAAGAGUCAUCCAAUCUUGAGGAGCUGUCCCCUGACGGGGAGGACGAUGAGAACUUGCUGCGAGAAGCCAUGAGGAAUUCUGGAAUUGUGAUUGAGCGGGUUUCCAUGGAGGAGGGUGCCAAAUCAGAUGAAAGCGACGCUGCUGCUGAGGAUUUAAAGAACAAAGAGGUGGAAGCAUCUGAGAAAUUUUGUGAAGAGCAGUAUGUGGAAAUUGAGCACAUAGAAGCUCCAGAUCCUGAAGCGACAAAUGAAUGUAAGCGACACGUGUGCCCUUAUUGCAAUGAAAUCUUCAGGGAACAGAGUAGUCUUGAUCUCCAUAUCAGUGGACAUCUAGACUACAAAUCUUUUACAUGUGAGGAGUGUGGCAAAGAAUUCACCAAAGGAUACUUGCUUAAAAAGCAUCAGGAAGUGCACGUGAAUGAACGGCGGUUCCGUUGUGGGGAGUGCGGCAAGCUGUACAAGACAAUUGCACACGUGAAGGGGCACAGGCGAGUGCAUUCGGAUGAGCGGCCAUAUCCUUGCCCCAAAUGUGGGAAGAGGUACAAGACCAAGAAUGCUCAGCAGGUUCAUUUCCGAACACACCUGGAUGAAAAGCCGUAUGUCUGCCAGUUCUGCAAUCAAGGCUUUCGGGAAAAAGGUUCUUUGGUGCGUCACAUCCGUCACCAUACAGGCGAGAAGCCAUUCAAAUGCUACAAAUGUGGGCGUGGGUUUGCAGAGCACGGCACCCUCAAUCGGCACCUGAGGACCAAAGGUGGCUGCCUGCUUGCCUUGAAAGAAGCCGAAGAAGCAGUGGUAUCAGAGGAGGGUCAGUCAGCUGACCGCUUGGCUGCAACUGUAAUUUCUGAAGACCCCCCUACAGUCCUGGUGGAGUUUUCCUCAGUGGUAGCAGAUACACAGGAGUACAUAAUUGAGACAGCAGCUGAAGACAUGGAAACCAGUGAAGCUGCUGAGAUCAUAGAAGGAACCAGGCAUGAGGUGGACAGUCACAUAAUGAAGGUUGUUCAGCAGAUAGUAAACCAAGCCAAUUCCGGCCAUCAGAUAAUUGUCCAGAAUGUCACCGUGGCGGAUGAUUCAACCAUGACAGCAGAUGGUGUGGACACCGACACAAUUGCCAUAGCGACUCCAGAGAGCCUCACGGAGCAGGUUGCUAUGACCCUGGCUUCAGCAAUUGGUGAAGGGGCUGUGCUGGCCACGGAGGGCAGCGGGGAGGUUGAGGAAGCAACCGUGACCAUGGUGGCAUCAGAAGACAUUGAAAUAAUGGAGCACACGGGGGAGUUUGUGAUUGCGACCCAAGAGGAGGAGGAGGAGGAACUGGAGGUUCAGACUGUGAUCGUCUAAGGCAUGAGGGUGCUUCAGGCAUCAUCUUCACAGGUCAGAAGCCUGGCUGCCCCCAGCUACCAGGAUAACGUACAGUUGCUCUAAGAGCCGAUUCACAAGCUGCUUCUCGUGAACAUGUUAGUCGACAUGUUAGCUGAGCUGUUCACCACCUGUUCUGGUCAGGGAGGGUACCUGGCCCUUGUGAACAGUGGUGGCUUGUUGAAACCAGGCAACUGUAAAGCAAAGCACUUUAGAGGAAAAAUAUUGUGUGCAGGGAUCCUUGAUUAUGUGACAGUGGGAGGUUCCAGGCGGCGGGAGGGGGACCCAGCGGCUUUUCAUAGGAGUGUAGAUUGCAAGCAGCUCAGGAGGAAGGUCACCCUUAGAAGGCAGAGGCUUCAUUAGCACUGCCAGAAUGCUCAGAAAGGCCACACUGUACAUUUUUGCAACCAUGUAGCUUUUAAUUAUAUAUUGUCUGGUUUAACUUGUAAAUAUUUUUUUAAAAAAACAAUUUUUUACAUUACUGUAUUCUGAUGUAAUUAAAGGAGAGUGCUGAAGGCUUCAAA